AUGCAGCUUGACGACACUUUCUUGUCAGUGCGAUUCAAGUACGGUGCCCACACCAUCUUGAUGUUUGUCGACGGACAGCAGAAGUUUUCAGAGAUCACAACCUCGCUGCUGGAGGUGCUCCGCGACCGGUUCCCCAAUGGCCUCACAAUUAGUCACACGUCUCCCGAGACAACAGCACUCCCAGAGACAGAUGUGCAGCUGGCCUAUGCGCUGCCAGUGAAUGCGACCGACCUGACACAAGGAUGGAGGAACAUCAAGGCUGGCGACAAUGACAUUCCGGUUGCCAAAGGACUGAAAGACAAUUGCGUGGUGGCAUUUUCCUUUGAUACGGACGAGCCCGAGUUUGUAGCCGACAUACCGAGUCUGGAUGAGGAAGUGGAGGACGAGGAAGGCAUGGGAUCCGACGCAUGA